CGGGGACAUCCAGACGCCUGAUAAGAGAAGAGGAACGUUCAAGACUCGUGACUAAGCCACAACCGCAAAUUAAAAAAAAAAAUACAAAACAACCGCUAGUUGACAGGCAAACAAAGUCUUCGUUGCCAUUCGCCCGCAGCAGCCACCGGGCACAGUGGAUUUGUCACCGAAUAGCCAAAGAAAACGGAAAUCAGGAUGAAGUUCACGAGCCCAUUGGAGAGCGCAGACUUCACCGCGGCCGGGGACACAUAACACCGGGACGUCCAUUUACGACUUCUCCGGUAAAAGGUUCAAGGAUAUCCCGGAAAGAAAGAGCGCAAGAAAUCAAUUUAGGUUUAAAUAAUUAAUAUUAGACUGAGGGCAGUCCCGUGGAAAGCGGGAGUGUAAAAGGCAGCGAGGAGCGCGCUUUGGCUUUGACCAGAAGAUCUUUUCUUCGUUCUUCAGUUCAAUUCCUCCGUCCUUUACCUCAAGCUCAUCACCCAUCGAGAAGAUGAGCCUUUGGAUUUUGACUUCUGUACUUUUCUCUGUCUCCGUGUCAGCUCUCAGAAACGACUCAGUAACCCCGAGUUCCAACUCUUCCUCUACUGUUCCCGUAGAUCCCGUAGCUUGUGGCCAGUCACCACACAACAGCAGCACAGUGGGCGGGGCCGAUGCCUAUGCAGGGGCGUGGCCUUGGCAGGUGCUGAUAGAGUAUCAGUCUGAGUCUGCAGCAGCCAUUACCUUCUGCGGAGGCUCUCUGAUUGCACGAAGCUGGGUCCUCUCUGCGGCGCACUGCUUCCCCAAAACUAAUAACAUCUCGGGGUACACCCUGUACAUGGGCAGAUACUGGCUUUACCAGCCCACCUUCGCUGAACAGGUUCGGACCAUCAGCAAUGUCGUUGGAUACCCAGGGUACCAAUCUGCCGAACUGGGUGGGGACGUGGUGCUGAUUCAGCUGAGCUCCCCCGUCGUCUACACGGACUACAUCCAGCCCAUCUGCCUUCCAUCUCCUGCUGCUCCAUUCCUAGAUGGACAGAAGUGUUGGGUGACUGGCUGGGGAAACAUCGACGAAGGAGUCAGUUUGCCAUCUCUUGGGCCACUGCAGGAACUCCAAGUUUCCAUCAUCAGCACGGCCAACUGCUCCACGUUGUACAGGGACGCCGGGGCACUGGACACCAUCCCGUCAGAUGCGUUCUGCGCUGGGUUCCCACAAGGCCAGAAUGACUUGUGUCUGGGGGAUUCUGGGGGACCCCUGGUGUGCCAGAACAGUGAUGGACAUUGGGUGCAAGCAGGAAUUGUGAGCUUUGGAGUUCCCUGUGCACAACCCAACCUACCAGGGGUCUACGUACAGGUGACAGCUUACAGCAGCUGGAUUCAGCAUCAGGUCACCGGUCCACAGCUUGCUAACAGGGGAGCCGUCCAGGUGCGCGACGCGGUGGGCUGCCAGGCUGCUCCGUUUGGACACACCUGUUCCGGUUGUGGCCCUGCUACGAUUAAUAUGAGGCUGGAAUUCAAGCUUCUGAUGUUCCUUCUUUUAAUGGCAUUUUCCUAACGUCGGCACCGAACCCAGAUCCAGCGGGGUAAUGGAAUUGGGCAAUGGCAUUAUAGAAUCUCGAUGUGCCCCCCCCACCCCCCAGUCAGUCAUCCAUACAUGCCCGGACAAAACGAUUCCUGCACGCCAGACAGCUUCCCUGAACACCUGAUUGCCUGAAGGUAAUAGAAAAGUCAGAGAUGACGAAGUUCGCUCUCAAGUCAGUCCUUCACUGUCCUCUAAUUGGCUGAAAUUACCCAUGGAGACUACAGAAGUUCACUCUCCGUCUGUCAAUCAUUUUAAAGCGCUCUGAUUGGACAAUCAGUGCUACAAAAUGUUGCUGAUUAGCUCUCGUGAUUAUUUGCAAGCAUACAGGAAAGGAUAGUCUACUUAUCGAGGUGUGAUAGCGUAGUCGGCAUUCACUGCAAACAGUGCCCGUAUUUAUGAAGCGUCUCAGAGUAGGAAAACGGUCCUAAUCUCCUCAACAUUGGAUGAAAAUUUGACCCAAUCCUUAGGAGAAAGAGUAAGAGCACUUUAUCAAUUUUCCUAAAUUUGGAAGCUACCUCUAACUUCAUCAGAAUUUAGGAGAGCUUGUGAGCUGUCUGAAAACGUGACGUGCCCGGAACACAUCACCAAGGAGGUGUCCAGGAGGCAUCCUGAUCAG